UCCCCCCUGUGCUCGUUUUCUCACUCCACAGUCUGUCUCCUUUCGCUGCCUUGCCUCCCAGCUCGUUUUUACUCUCUUUCUCUCUCCCUCUUCCUUAUCCUCGUGCCACGUUCUUUUUCUCCAGGUCCGCGAUUACGUGGGUGCAACGUCAGGGACCAUAAGGAACACCAACGCCUUCAUCCGAGCAGGAUUUUCGACCAUCAGGCAGUCCAAUGAUGUCGAUGGAAAUGAGUGAUGACAAUGGCCUUCUCUCCGGCAGAAGUUCAUCGAGACGAAGAGACCAUCAGCCAGUUAAACAGAGAACUGGCGGACUGUCGGGCCCACCUUAGCACCACUACAGCCAGUCCUGUCACCACCACAACGAGAAAUAUCACCACAGCCUCCAGUACAGCCACGAAAGUAUCCACGAAACCUUCGCCCUCGUCAACAGGAGGGCAUCUUAACUCGAGACCUGCGACCAUUACUUCAAAGGCUGCAACAAGAGCCUGAACUAGAACUCCCAUUCCAUUAUCCAGUAAAAGUGUUUUUACAACUUCUGAUGCUGGAAUUAAAUUUGAAAUUGCAUCUAGUAAA